UGGAUAAUAAGUAUGACAGAGAUGAAAGUGAGAAACUUGUCACAAGUAUGGCGGAGGAAAACUACAAAUUGGAAGAUCAAAUCAAAGAAGGAAAAUUAAAACAAAAGACACUUUAUAAGCAGUUAAUGGAAACAGAGAAAAAACUUGCUGUCGUUGAAGAGUCACUUUCCAAGAAAUGUCAGGAGGUCGAACAGCUCAAAGUUCAGGAUGUUGAGAAGGCUGACAAGAAACUUACUGACCUGAGUGAGCUUUCUGAGCAACUGAAAAUGGAGGUCACAAGUCUGAAUGAAAAAUUGAUUAAAUCCGAAGAGACGAUCAAAGAUCUUUCUCACCAGAAUUCAGAACUCAUCUUGGAUAAUAAGUAUGACAGAGAUGAAAGUGAGAAACUUGUCACAAGUAUGGCGGAGGAAAACUACAAAUUGGAAGAUCAAAUCAAAGAAGGAAAAUUAAAACAAAAGACACUUUAUAAGCAGUUAAUGGAAACAAAGGAAAAACUUGCUGCAGUUGAAGAGUCACUUUUUAAGAAAUGUCAGGAGGUUGAACAGGUCAAAGUUCAUGAUGUUGAGAGGGCUGACACAAAUCUUUCUGAGGUGAAUGAACAGCUGAAAAUUGAGGUCACAAGUCUGAAAGAAAAAUUGAUUAAAUCCGAAGAGACGAUCAAAGAUCUUUCUCACCAGAAUUCAGAACUCAUCUUGGAUAAUAAGUAUGACAGAGAUGAAAGUGAGAAACUUGUCACAAGUAUGGCGGAGGAAAACUACAAAUUGGAAGAUCAAAUCAAAGAAGGAAAAUUAAAACAAAAGACACUUUUUAAGCAGUUAAUGGAAGAGAAGGCCAAAAUCACUAACAUGGAAAGUAAAGUGGUAACGCUGGAAGAGGAAUUGAGAAAAAAAAUCGAGCAAUUAAGUGCAUGUGAUAACUCUAUCCAGACCAUCCAAUUACUUAAACAAGAGAACAGUGAUAAGAAUACAGAGAUCAGGAAAUUACAAAGAGAUUUACUGAUGACCACAGAUCCAUUGGAAGAAGAGAUUAAAUAUCAGAAAAGUCAAGUUGUUUAUCACAAGCAGUUAGCAGAUCAGUUCAAAAGAAGCUUGAACAAACUGCAGCAGAAAACGUCUGUUACUUCAGAUACGGUAGCAGAGCCGACAAACGAGAAGGUGGGGCUUUACAGAGGCUCAGGUAUUGUAGAAACAUGUGUUGUAACAUCAGUUCUGAAAGCACAGAAGGCUCAGCUUGAAAGAGACCUGGAAAGAAGCAAGGCCAAAAAUGUAUUAUUGGAAAACAAAAUCACGGAACAAACAUCAUUGUUUUUUGCUGAAACAUUGCAACGUAAACAAAUAGAAGAUGAAGCUAAAAGGUGGAAAUCUAAAGCGAGAGUGCUCUAUGAUAAGUUGCAAGCCAAGGGUAAAGCUGAUGAGACUGAUUCUGAGACUGAAGUAACGCACAAAGCAUUACAAGAAGCUAAAGCUGAUGGCAUUCGUGUCAACAGUCCAGUGAAGUCUGCACCAAACAUAGAAAAGAUCCCAAUAAAGGCAACUCAACCAGUUGGCAGUGCCCAUAAUGGAGGACAGUUGAAUCAAGAAAAUGGGGUGCCGAGAUUUACCAAGUUUACUGAACCAAAAGAAGACAAAGCACAGUGUAAACAACAGUAAAUUAAUAUCACAGUGUAAUUACAAAUUUAUAACAAAAUGAAUAUGAUUAAUUCACCGAUAUUUACUAUGGGUGGGCAGCCAUCUUGAAUACAGGCUUGAAACUAAAGAGCCAGGAGACAGUCAGUGACAGCCUCGCAGUUAGAUGACUAUUUUGGUUUAAAAAACCCUGGGAAAGUGUUCUAGGUUCUUCGUGUAAGAAAGUGUUUGAAUGCAAGGAAUUUUCUGAGCAAAAACUAUAAAUGUGGUGGAAUUUUAUUAGCUAUUGGUCUAAUGUUGCUGAAAGACCUGUUUCCCAACUUGUCUCUUUAUUUUCAAGCUGUAUUCAAGGAGGCUAGUAAAUAUAUGUAGAUUAAUCACAUUUACUAGCAUUUAAUUAUUGCUUUUAGGCCAAUUGACUAUGCUUUACACAAUCAAGUAGAUCUUUAGAAUCACAGAAAAAUCAUCCUUUGCUUGUGCUCCAAUAUUUUUAGCUAAAAAGGGAAAAAUUUUAUGUGUGGCUUAUAUGUUUGAUGCCUGUGUACAAAGUUGUAGUGGAAGUCUAUUUAGUUUGUGUUUAAUCUGUCCCUCUCUCUGUAUGUAUUUAUAUUAGGAUUCUGCAUAAUUGGAGUUGGAAUUAGGACCUUUUGCAGCCAAUAUUUUUGACAAGUGUAUGAUGGUGCAUCUCCAUUGGCUCCAAAAUUAACAUAAUUAAAUAUGAUGUAAAUAAAAAAAAAAUAUUAUUUAGAAAUGCAAAUUUGCUAAACAUUGCAUUUGUUCCACUGAAUCAUUUAAAUAGUACUUAUUUUGGCAAUAGAAACACCUCUGUACUUUGCAUAUUUAAGCACAUGUACUACUAAUGGAGCAAAUACGGAACACAGGGGAGGGGGUAUUCAUUGAUAGAAUUAGAUGCUGAUUUUUAAUUUCACUGCCAUUUUGGGGAGAAACAACUGUUUUAAUUGUUUGUGUACAAUGUUUUUAUCCUGAUAUGUUUUCAACUGUAAUGUGAUGUCGUUUUGUGCUUUUAUGUUUCUUUUAAAAAAUGCAUUUACUUGCCUGUGUGAUAACAGUGCUAAUUUUCCCAUAUCUGAUUAUUUUUUAGAAAACGUCUUUAAAUAAACUUAUUUUAUAAU